ACAACAGAAAUGGCGUCAGAAAUAUUGCAAAAACUUUGUAGCAAAGCAAAACUUGAUAGAGACAGGGGAUAUUCGGAGCUUGAAGAAUUCAUUAGUCGUUGUGAUCAAGAUGAAAUUAUUAAUGCACAACAGGAUUUUAUCCGUUUACUUUCAGAGCCCGACCAAGGAUGGGAAAGUCGACAUGGUGGUUUGAGUGGUGCAAGAUGCCUGUUUGAACAGGGAAAAAUUGCAAUAGAAGAUGACGGUGAAUUGGAUGGCGGAUCGUCAUUUGCUUAUCUUAUGAUAGAAAGUUCAAUGUUAAUGUUAGAUCAUGAAGAGUUCCGCGUUAGAAUCGCAGCUGGCGAACUGCUUGGAGUUCUGUGCAAGGUGAUUGGAGUUGAGGUUUAUGACAGGUGUAGAGAACAGAUCCUGAAUGGCAUACGCUGUAAUUUGGAGCGUAAUUGUGACAGUCUUGGCUUAUCUGAAGAUGCAUUGGAUUCUCCUAGCACUGAACAGCCAGAAAGCAUUAUGUUCGGGUCUCCAAACACAAGCGCUAGACUGAUUGAGCGACGCUCCAGUGAUUCAGCACAAAUGCUUCAUGAUACAGCAGGCUGGAAAUCUCUAGAGACCUACAUGAAGUGCCUGCAGAGUGUAAUCCUGGGCUGCGGCAACAAGUUUAAUGACUAUGUGGAUCAGGAGUUACUGGACCUGAUCUUUGAGGCCCUGACACACACCAAUCGUUUUGUCAGAGAAACUGGUUUUUAUGUUUGUAGUGCGCUGGUCAAGUGUGGUGAAGGAGUGGAAAAUGACGAUGAUGCUGAACUGGAAGAGAGAAAUGCCAUUUAUCGUCAUGGAAAAAUAUUUUCUGAAUAUCUCGGCAAUGGGCUUGCUGACAAUUGGAGCCAGGUUCGCAUGGCUGGGUCUGUUGCCACACGCAAUUUCCUGAUGAGUUUACCUUCAGAAGAAGCCAGAGAAAAAUUCUACCCAAUCCUAAUUCCCAGGAUGUGCUUAAACAGGUAUUACAUGGCAGAAGGUGUUAGAAUAUACUCACAAGAAUCUUGGCGUCAGGUCACCAAAGGAGAGGGAAAACAUUUAGUGGAGAAAUACAUUCAACAAGUUGUAGAGUUUUACAUCCAGGCAACAGAUUCCAACAACCAUGCUGUCAGGGAGGCUGCUUGUGCAUGUAUAGCUGAGCUGGGAUCAAAGAUUGACAAAGCUGCUGUCAGUCCAUAUGUUACAAAACUAUUGGAGACUUUACUUAUUUGCUUCAAUGAUGAUAGUUGGCCAGUGAGAGAUGCUGCCUGUAUUGCAUGUGGUCAUUUUGUUCUGUGUUUUCCUGAGGAAUCCAGGUCAUCCUUGCCUGCGCUGUAUCCUCUGUUCUUCAAUAAUCUUCAAGACAACAUCCCUUCAGUCAGGCAAGGGGCAGCAGUUGCCAUCACUAACAUCGUCAAAGCUUAUGGAGGUGCAGAGCAAGAUUUUGUGUUUUCUAAAAUAAAAGAAGGCUUUGAAAAGAUCAAAGAACAGCCGGCCACAUCAGAAAAAUAUGAGAACCUGGACAAGUCACCGGCUACUUUUGGGGUUGUCAAGCACCUUCGUGAUAAUGACAUGGAGCUGCAUUCAAACCAGCAGAUGUACUCCUGUGGCUCUCUGGCUCCAAAGAUGGGAAGGGGAGGAGGCUGUAUGGACCACAAGUUUAGGAAACCACCCCAGCCAUGGGAACUAGUUGAUGGGUGUGUGAAUCUCUUGGCAGAACUGAGUCAAAUCCAGUCUCUGAAUGCCCCAGUCAGCAAGCUGUUACCUGCCAUGGCAAAUGCCUGUACAGUCAAAACCUACACACACUAUCCCAACCUCUUGGAAACUGUUUGUAAACAGCUUCCAAACUUUGCAAAAGGACUCGGAAAAAGAUCAUUCAAAAUGUUUUUGGAAAUGUUUUUGGACUACAUCUUUGAAGCUUUAGACAGUGACGUUGUUCUAGCAUCUGCGGCUGCGACUCAAUGCCUGAUAGACCUCAGCACUUUCCUUGGCCCUGGCAUUGUUAGAGGGAGGAUAGAGCUGUAUAACAGCUUAUAUCUCCCCAAGUAUGACAGUCUGCCUGGGUUGCCACACUAGACCAGAUUUAAAGUCGUCCCAAUUUUGGCAAUGUGAGCCCAGAUGAACUGCCAAAGUACAAUUUAGUCAUUCGGUCAAGAUUUACGUCAAAAUGUAAUUUAGUCAAAACAUGACCUACCAAGUCCUUGUUGCCUGCACAGUAUUUUAAAAUUUAAAUGCAAUGUGAGAUUUUCUUUGAGUGAUUUUUGUAUGUGUCACAAAUGCAAGAUCCUUUAGUGUACAUGUUUUAGAUGUUUUAUAAAAAGAAAUAUAUGCAUUUUUAAAAGGAGGUUUUUUUAAUUCUAUUUUUGUCUCCAGAAACAAUAAGCUGCUAAUUCAGUUUAAAUCACUAUCAUGAUUAAAGUAUAAUAAUUACUGAUUGUUUUUAAUUACAAAUAUUGAUUGAUAUUAACAGAAAAACUAACCAGUUAUUUCUUUAUUUGGAUUGUAUAAUUUGAGGAUAGUUAACUAAGGGUAUUGGUUGG